GAAGGCCGAAGCCCUAGUUCCCCUUUUCUCCUUCGUCUUCGACUCUUCGUGCUUCAGCCUUCACCACUCAAUCUUCGUGUUUCUCAGUUUCUCCUUCACCCAAAUUCCAGCGACGACCCAGCGACGACCCACCACGACCCACCGGCCACCACUGCGAGAGACAGAACGCCUGAACUGAAGCCCUCAACGCACUCACGUCCUUCGCCCUAAUUCCAGCCUCAGCGUCCCACAGACCCACACCCACACUCCAACUCCGACAGAACAACACCGACGAGGCCACCCGGCCACGACCCACCACGACCCACCGGCCACCACUGUGAGAGACAGAACGCCCGAAGCCCUCAACGCAGUCACCUCCUUCGCGCCUUCAGCAGCGUCGCGACCUCAGCAGCUUCGCGACCUCAGCAGCUUCGCGGCCUCAGCCUCCGUCGCGCCCUCAGCCACUUCGCCGUCAGCGUCUGCCUCAUUUCCAGUAAUCGAAGUUGAAUCACCGAAUUCCAAUGGGAAUCGUUGGGAACCUCACUGCAGAUCAGCUCCAAUCCUUCAAUUCUCAAGGUUAUAUUGUGUUGGAAUCCUUUGCCGCUGAUGAAGACAUUGAUGCCAUGGUUCGGAGGAUGGACCAAUUGGUCAAUGACUUUGACCCUUCCUCCACCGCCUCUAUUUUCUCCACCAAGAACCAGCAAAAGUUGACUGAUGAUUACUUCUUUGAGAGCGCAGAGAAAAUUUCCUUCUUCUUCGAAGAGAAAGCAUUUGGGGAUGAUGGAAAAUUAAAGCAACCCAAGCAACUCUCCCUUAAUAAAGUGGGCCAUGCGCUUCACGAGAUUGAGCCGACAUUCAAGAAGUUUUCUUCUUCCAACAAAGUUUCUAGUUUGAUGUGCUCCUUAGGUUACAAGAGGCCAGUAAUCAUGCAGUCUAUGUACAUUUUUAAGCAACCAGGUAUAGGGGGUGAAGUAGUGCCACACCAGGAUAACUCGUUUCUUUAUACCGAACCCCAAACAUGCACAGGGCUGUGGCUGGCUCUGGAAGAUGCAACGGUAUUAAAUGGUUGCCUGUGGGCAAUACCUGGAUCUCACAAGAAGGGGCUUGUCAGAAGGUUUUUACGGGAUGAAGAUGGCGUUAAAUUUGAUCGACCCUCACCAUCUUAUGAUCAAAAGGAUUUUGUUCCUAUUGAAGUAAAAGCUGGUUCAUUGGUUGUCAUCCAUGGUGAUCUUAUCCAUCAAAGCUUUGAAAACCAGUCCCAAAAAUCAAGGCAUGCAUACAGCUUGCAUGUGGUGGACACUGAUGGCUGCCAAUGGGCACCGGAAAAUUGGAUCAAAAGGAAAGUGGAGCCAGAACCCCUUUAUGUAAGCUGAUCAUUUGUAGAAUAGUGUUGAAAAAAAAAAAGAAAAAAAAAACCCCCUAAGGUUUCCUUGCUGUUGUCAAAUCGGUGUAAUAACGACAACACCAUUGGGUUGCUAUUGAGUAGAUUCCUCGGUCUCUGGAUAAUCAGAAUAAACUUUUAUGCCUAUCUGCUUGAUAGAUUGCAUUCUAGAAUUUAAAUAUGAUGCACGGUAAUGUGAUAAA